UCGUUUUUUUCCCUAACUGACAGGAUACACAGUUAGCCUUUAUAGCUCUGUUGGUAGUGAUUUACAACCCUAAAUGAACCGCUUUAAUCGUAAAUCGUGAGAUUAACAUUUGACCAUCGAGGCUAGGCUUGCUACAUUCUUCUUUGAUAACUAUAUUUCUCCAGAGUCAGUCGUCAUGGGUGAAGUUGAGCUCUCCUGUCGGGCUUAUGUGAAGAUGUACCUGCACGCCUGUCUGUUUCCACGGUGCAGCAUCAACGGGCUUCUGCUGUCCUCCAGCUCUGCGGGCGGAGCUGUGUGUGUGACCGACUGUGUGCCGCUGCUUCACUCACACCUGCCCCUGGCUCCCAUCACUCAGCUGGCUCUCACACAGGUGGAUGUGUGGUGUUCACAGACGCAGCAGAGGAUAGUGGGAUACUAUCAAGCCAACGCCUGUGUUUCAGAUAGUAGCCCGACACCAUGUGCACUGAAGAUAGCUGAUAAAAUUGCUGAGCAGUUUGACAGUGCCAUUUUGUUAAUGCUUGAUGGUAGUAAGAUGUCUCCAGACUAUCGGGUUCCUCCCAUAGUGAUGUACGAACGGAAAGAUUCAAGAUGGAUGCUCAAAGACAAACACACGAUAAUGCUGAGACAAUGGGAGGAGACUCGGGCGAUAGCCAGUCAGAUGCAGGAGUCUGGCGAUCACACGCUAUUGGUGGAUUUUGACAGCCACUUGGACGACAUUACAAAAGACUGGACCAAUCAGAAACUUAACACCAAGAUAGCGGAGCUCGCCUCGCCAGCCAACGGGAACAUCUAG